AUGUGCUUCGGUCUCCGCAACGCAGAACAGACUUUCCAAAGGUUAGUAAACACCAUUCUCGCCGGUCUCGAUUUUGUUUUCGCGUACGUCGACGACGUCCUCGUCGCGUCCGCAAACGCGGAACAACACGUCGCACACGUCCACGCAGUCCUCGGCCGUUUUGAAGAGUUCGGUAUAGCUAUUAACCCAGCGAAGUGCGUUUUCGCCGCGAGCACGCUCACUUUUCUCGGGCACGUAGUCGACGCGCAGGGGUUACGCCCCAACCCAGACAGCGUCGACGUGGUUCGGCGGUGGCCCCAACCGAGCACCAAAAAAGAGUUGCAACGUUUUCUCGGGUCCUUGAAUUUUGAUCACCGAUUCGUCCAGGGCGCAGCCAACUUACAAGCGCCGUUGUAUGACAUUUCCGCGGCGAUUAAAAAAAACGAUGGCCCGCUCGCGUGGACCGAUGCCGCCCGGGAAGCAUUCUCAGCCGGUCGAGAGGCGUUCGUUACCUCCGCGCUUUUGGUACACCCGCAUCACGACGCACCGUUACGCCUUACCACGGACGCAUCGAACAUCGCGAUCGGGGCGGUCCUGGAGCAGUCCGUCAACAACGAGUGGCAACCGCUCGGAUUUUUUUCGCGCAAGCUUUCCGGCGCACAGACACGGUACAGCGCGUACGAUCUUGAGUUGCUCACCGCCUAUCUCGCCGCUCGGCAUUUCGUACACGCGAUCGAAGGCAGACUCGUUACCCUCCGCACCGACCACCAUCCAUUGCUGUUCAUGUUUUCACAGAAGUCCGAAAAGCUGAUCGACCGGCAGGCCCGUCAUGUCGCCUUUUUGUCACAGUAUUUCCACGGUAUCGAGCACGUCAGCGGCGAGCUCAAUGUUAUUCCCUACGUACUGUCGCGACUGGAGUGGGCGACCUUCGACGAUGGACUACCCGACCUCAAACAAUGGGCAACGGAUCAAGCGAGAGACACCGAGCUGCAAGAUAUAAUCACCGGUAAGACAGAGUCGUAUUUAGAGCUGGACGCACGGCAGACGGCGAACGGGCCAGUCUACUUCGACAUAGAAUACAACAGGUCGAGAGUCUUCGUUCCACUUCGUCAUCGACGCACGUCGGCGGCGCGGCCACAGCCGCGGUAA